UUUUUGGAAAGUAAGCUUUAGACUCCAGUUCCGGGAUCUACAGGUGGUUCCUCUGAGUGUGUCCAUGUUUUCCCCACACACUAUUCUCAGUCUACACACACACACACACACAGACACACACACUCGCUCACUUCUUCCAGCUUUUUUUUCCCUCUUUAAUCACGGCAUCAUUUGAAAAUCAUGGCGCGAGUCGCACUUCUGUUUCUUUCCGUGGACUUUUUGAGAGCUUAACGAGCUGCUUGUGUAUGCAGAGUGAAAUCUAGAACCAGUAGCUAGAGAAAAAACAUGCCUUUUUACGAAAGGACGGUGGAGCCGCGGCGGAUGUGCCGGUUGGAGGUGAAGGACGGAGGUCACGGCACCAAGCUGUUCGGGUCUCUGGAUGAUGUGAGCUCGCGGGCGCUCGCGCUGCUCCUGCGGCAGCUGAGUGACGUUUCCCGGCACGCCAGCGACAUCUUCCUCGGUGUGGAGCUCCAGGCUGCGCUCGUGUCCCAGCGGAGCGCGCGUAUCCAACAGCGCCUGGACAGCUUACACACCACUGUGCACCAGCUCAACCCAAAGCAGGUUAAAGUCCCUGUGUCAAAUCUGGAUGAGGAGAGCAAGUGGACAGUUCAUUACACAGCACCAUGGCACCAGCAAGAAAAUGUGUUCCUGCCCUCAUCCAGACCUGCCUGUGUGGAAGAGCUGCACCGGCAAGCUAAAGUCAACCUCAAAACAGCGCUCAGAGAUUGUGAUAAGCUGAGGAAGGAUGGCUUCCGGAGUUCCCAAUACUACUCCCAGGGCCCCAAGUUCUCAGGCUCCGCCCGCUCCCGCAACAGCCAACUGGAGGAUGAGGAUGAGGAAGAUGUUGAUGAUCAGUCGAUUUCCUCCUCUGCAGAAGAGGACAAAAUCUCCAGCACAAUGAAGGCACACACUGCACUAAAGUCUGAGGGGGCUGAGGUGGAUGGGCAGGAGUCAUGCUUCACACCCUUACCCACACCAGAGGAAAAGAUGAGACAAGAAGCUCAGGCCAUUCUGACUGACAUUGUCCCCAUCAAUGUUACAGGGGAGACGUUUGACCGUCAGGCCAUUGUCCGUCGCUCGCUGAUAAACACAGACACUCUGGCCCGUCGGCCCAAGAAAGUCAAACGGAGAAAGACUAUAUCAGGUUUGCCUGACAACAUUCAGCAGGAACUAGCUAAAGGACGAGGAGGGGAGCUCCGACCACAGUCCAUGUUUAUUCCUGGACAGUUUUCAACACUAGAACGUUCUGCCAGUGUGAGUUCUACACUAAGGCACUCCGUGACUAAGGAUUCCGGCUGCCAGACAGAGGAGGUAAAAAUUGUUCCACCAUCUAUGAGGAGGAUCCGAGCUCAGAGAGGACAAGGAAUUGCUGCUCAGAUGGCUGGAAUGUCAACAUCUGCCAACAAUAUAUCCACAGUUCCAAAAGACUAUUCGCCUGGAUCUCCUGUGCAUGUCAUGGCUCCUCGAUUUAAUGAUGAUCUGCAGCGCUUUCACAGCUUGCCUCGGGGUGCGCGGGUUACUUUGAAUGCAGAGCUCCUGAACAGAAGUACUUCAUGUAGGCCAGAAGAUAGUGCUGUACCAGCAUCUCGGCAGAUUGGAAAGCUCCAAGCUGAUGAGACUGCAGUUCACAUGAGAAAUAGCCCUAGGACUGGCACUUCAGCCCGCCCAAAAUCCCAGGAGGUGAGGGGAUCACAUGGGGACUGGGGGACUGCCUGUGUGGUUCCUCCUCAUGCAGCCUACUCAAGGUCAUUUAUCCCCAAUGCAGCAUUGUCAUGUUCAGCUGAGGUGUUUGCUCUUCAUUCUACUUCUAGCCCAGUGCAGCAACUGAAUGCAAGGCUUCUAGGGCUAUCCUCAAGUGUCAAUGGAGAAAGCUCCACCAGUGUGGCCACCAGUGCUGAGACAGGAGAUACAGACAUGCAGGAAGCUGGUCAGUCAGACAGCAGCCUAAAUAGUCACAGUACAAUUGCUGCAGGAACAGCAUCAGAUGAACAGUGGAUUUAUGAUACCCCUGAGAAUGUAUUGCCCAGAAGGCCACUCACCUCCAGCUGCUCCACUCCUAUUAAUCAUCUCUACAACAGCCUGGAACGCUCCUCUAAAGGUACAGACUCUAGUUCACUGUACUCCAUGGACAAUGAUGGUUACUACACCUCCAUGCAUUUGGAUUCAGGUCUGAGGCCAAAAGGACAUAGCAUUGCAGGCAGAGCAGCACGACAUAGUAUGUAUGAGUGCAUAGGCCAGCCAGGAGACCGUAGCAGCAUUUAUAGUGAUCAAUCACUGUCCCGAUCUAUUUCCCUCCGUAAGUCUAAGAAGCCACCCCUUCCUCCGGCACGUACAGACUCACUGAAGCGUUUGCCUAAGAAUAACAAUGGUGUUAAUGCUAGCAAUGGGUCAAUUCUUAAUGAGUCACUGAUUGCUACACUUCAGCAGUCAUUGCAGAAUGGGUUGAAAGGGAAGGGGUCUUUGACCUCACCAUCUCAAAGCCCUAGCAGUGACUAUGAAGACCCCUGGAUGCUGCGGCCUAGGAGCCAAAGUAGCUUAAGUGCAGGCAGUAGUGGUGUGUCAGCGGCAGGAGUAGCUAAUGUUUAUUCCAUCUGUCAUGUCACACCAUCACACAGUGACACCAGCAGCCUGCGUUCUGACUAUGCAGAGUCUUGGGGCUAUUACAUGGAAUACCCUCGUCUGCAUAGUGAUCAGGCACAGUCACCAGCACAUACUAACUCAUUGUCUAAUGUAGGACAGCCAGGUAGCAUGACAGAUAGGCAACAUAUCCACAAUGAUACUCAGAAAAGUCUUCCUCCUGCUCAGGAGAAUAUGUCAGCAAAGCCUCAGGCAAACACAUCUUCACCAGACAGGGUGCAUCGUUUAACCUCCCCUUCAAGUGGAUAUUCAAGUCAGUCCAACACCCCAACAGCUGGCACUCCUGUUCCCUCUUUCAUAAGGUCCAUGUCACCCUCUGGCUCAAAGCCCAAGCCACGAGUGCCUGAAAGGAAGUCAUCUUUGCUCUCCUCUGUGUCCAUAUCCUCUUCUUCAACAUCUUUAUCCUCUAACACUUCAGAUACUGUUAGGAACAACAUCCCCCCUCUACCUCCACCUCUUUCUAAUUCAUCAGAUUCACCACUUAUCCCUGAACCUUUCCCUCCACCUCUUCCCCUCUGCAAUCCUGUGUGCGCUUCAAGUCAGACCUUUCCACCUCCACCUGCUCCUCCUUUACCCAGCAGCCCACAGCACGCUGUAUCCGUGAGCCCACUCUCCAUAAAUUCCUCUCCAGAAUUUCCCCCUCCUCCUCCUCCAGAGAUGUUGAAUGACCACAGCAUGCUACAUAAUGGACCAUUUAACCCCGGCUUUCAUCCACCACUGCCUCCACCACCACCCCUGUCUCCUCCCCCUGUAAAUGUACAUAUUCCACCACCACCGCCACCAUCCUUGCCCACCUUGACUCCAAUCAUACCUGCCUCGGCAAGCCUAAAGGGAAUUAAAGACAGACUCAAAUCAGGAAACUCGGAUAGAAAGUCAAUUUCUGUUCGCUCUGAAGAGAUUGCCAAGUCUACCAUGCCACUAAUAACUCCAUUUGCCCUCCAAAGUGUGCAGCUUCGGUCAGUCAAACAACCAGAGAACAGGGAGGACAACAAUGAAUCCCAAGAGGUGAAAACUGAACAGAUUUCUACUAAGCCUGGCACAAAAGAGAAAUUUGAAGAGAUAGAGCCCCAGACUGUUUUGCCCCUGCAUUCUUUCUCUAAUCCUGAAAUAAAUGGGACAUUAAAAGAGAAUGUAAUUACAAAAGACAAAAAAAUACCACUUUAUAAGACAAAAUCAGGACAAGAAAUGCCCUAUGAAACAAAUAAAUAUCCUUCAGAUGAUGUCAUUAGCCAUACUCAAGCUAAAGCUGAGGUGGAUGGUAUGCAGAUGGAGAGAACACCACAAAACAACACAAGCAAGAAAAAACCUCCAGUGUUCUCCAAGAAGCCCAAAUUUCCCGUUGUCUCUGCAGCUGUACCUGAGCUUAGAGUAGAGAACAAGCAGACACUGGACAAUGUGGAAGAUUCUUCUUUUCAAGUGGUUUCAAAUACUCAAAAAGAAAUGGCUAUUUGUGCACCUAACACAGAGGUUCAGGAAUCCCUGUCAGUGGAGGAGGUAGAGGAGAAUGAUUACAAAAGUUCUGCUGAGAGUUCCUCAUGUGAAAGUAGCAUAUGUCCAACUGCUGGUCAGGUUGAGGAACCCCCUCAGACUCCCACCAUUCAGGAAUCAUGUGCAGUGGAUGGUGCAGUGGGCACUUCAGAAGGAGAAGAGGAAGAAAAUGGAGAUUAUGAUGAUGAUGAAGAAGAAGAUGAAUUAAGUAGCACUGCAGGAUCAGUCUGCUCCAAAGAUGAUGGUGAAGUGUUCGAAUCCAAUGCAUCAAACUCCCCACAGACUCCUAGCAUUAACGGCAAAGACAUGGUGACUCCCACACGGCCCCGCACCACAGAGGACCUUUUUGCAGCCAUUCACAGGUCUAAGAGGAAGGUCCUGGGUCGUAAGGAGUCAGAUGAUGACCGCCUGCGAGGUAACUCAUCUCCACCGGUCACACCAACAGGACCGAGUCCGUCCUUGAAUUCAAAUGUGCCUCGUCAGACAGGUUCCAUCCAGCGCAACCUGCGCAAAUCAGCCACCAGCAGUGACACAUUUAAGGCACUGCUGCUGAAGAAGGGCAGCCGCUCAGAAGGCAGCUUUCGCAUGUCUGCUGCCGAGAUGCUACGCACAACUGACCCACGAUUCCAGAGGACAAAAUCACUCGACUCCUCUCUGGAUCCCACUUCACCAACAGCAGGCCUUGACAGCCCCUGCUCUUCCCCUGGUCGCUGCAAGAGGGUGCCAGAGGACUGGCCCCGGAAUGAGGCUAUACUGCCACGUUACUCUCUGAGUUCCCCCUUGUCCCCGUCCUCAAUGCUAGGGCCAAAGUACAGCCGAUCCCGCACACCACCCUCUGCUGCAAGCAGCAAGUACAAUUCCCGGAGUCGAAUCCUUAGCAGCCCCAUGACCGUCAUCUGUGAGAGGGAAGGAGAAUUAACUGAGAGUGGAGAGUCACUAGAUGAAUCCUUUUCGGUUUCCCCUUUAGUUUCCUCUAGCCAAAUCCCUCAAGACUCAAAUGGCACUUUAUGUGAGAGGGAGAGUUGACGGAAAUGAUUUUCCCCCACCAAAGGGAACAAACGAACUUCGUCACAGUAACAGUGACUGGCUAAUGGCCGCGGACCAGUGGACGGACAGACAGGGAAGAUGGUAGUCUGUCUGUCCCCACCGUCAAGGUUCUGGGCCAUGCUACACAAAUCUGGUUGUAUAGUAGGAGAUAUGCAGAGCCACAAGGUGCCUCCCUCAGACUGAUUUGUGUGUGAAGUAGAUCCCAUUUUUGUCACAGCUCUUCAGUUUGUCACAUCUGUACUAUUUUUCUUCCUGUGAAAGUGCUUUUCUUUACAGUCGUACACUUAUUUCCAUAAAUCUUAUGUUAAUUCUGUUCUAAAACACAAUUCUGUUUGGUUUGCCUCUCAAUUUCCACUGUUCACAUCAGGAAUGGUAUAUUGGGAAUGUGGAAUCAGGACUGAUUUAAAAAUGGCACAUGGGAAUCCAACUUGAAGGAAUUCAGAGCAAGUCGUAGUCCAGGUUGUAGUCCAGUUCUCCAGUAAUGCACCUGAAAUGACUCCCAAAUACAUGUUUGGAUAUAGUACAUUUCAGACCGACAUACACACUGUCAUGAACUUUGGAAGCCAUGUUAGAGUUUUUUCUGAUUCUGCUUAUUCCUGAGAUGCACUGGUUGUGGGAAAGUGACAAACAGAUUCGGCAGAAUGUACUGUAUUAUAAAGGACUGCUGAAUCUGCACAUGUGAAAUGCAGGCUGAGAAGCUUCAGAAAAAAGAUAUUGUGGGGUUUUUAAUGUGUAGUGUGUUGCACUGUGUUUGUGUUUUGUCUGUUGGGUCAUUUCAAAUGUUCUGCUUGUGUUGGUUGUGAUGACUUUCUACAAACAAAGAGAACACCUACUUGAACCAAGUAACAUCUGUUUUGUUUGUAAUAUUUUUUUUGUUAACCAAAGAGUUUAAAGUAUAAAUGUAAAUUUCGCCUGCUGUAGGGAUUCUGGGUAGCUCAGACGUUUACUGGACUGGAAGCAAUAAAAUGUCUUCUGUAAAGCUUUGCUAAAGAUUAGCUUUUACAUUUCUUAUGUACUAACUCCUCUUACAUAAAAUCUCACUCAUGCAGUUUUAUACUGGAUUUUGUAUAUAAACAUAAAUAUUAAGAAAUAACCUCUGGAUUUAUUUUCAAAGAAUUUGUACACCAUUGUUAGAGGAAGUGGCUUACUUUUUGUAGAGUAUUUAUUUUAGAUUAGCCAGAAUCCUAAGUGAUUUAUGUGAGGGAUUUUACAGAUCUGCAGCUCAGUUAAUAAUUAUGUAUUAAGCAUUACGUCACUGUUUUAGACUCGUGCUGAGUCUGAUUUUGAGGCCUUUAAGUCUUGUCCUUUUCAUCCAAUAAACCAAAAUCACAGUGACAAGGGGAAGACAGCUGCUAACCCUCCUGUGUAUGUCUCUCUAAUAAAUAAAUAAAUAAAUAAAUAAAAGGUGAUGUUUAAAAAUG